UUGAGAGAUUUUUAAUAGCCUACACACACAAUUACGUGAUAUCUAUAAGUAAUAUCCACAUAAAGAUAUCACCAUUCAUUGGAGAACGAGUAUAAAAUAUCCUCAGUGUAUCUCGAGCGUAGCUACGUGGCAGUUGUAUGAACAAUGGUUCAAGUACGGGUUAACGAAGGGAUCCUAGAAGGAGAGAAAGUCGCUAACGACUUUGGGAAGCCAUACUUCAGCUUUAAGGGGAUACCAUUCGCGCAACCACCAAUCGGAAACCUCAGGUUUAAGGCACCAGUACCUCCUAAGCCAUGGGAUGGUGUUCGCAGUGCCAAGGAGCAUGGCCCAAAUUGUUAUCAAAACGACAUAGUGUUUGGACAAGGGUUGGUGGGAAGUGAAGACUGCCUCUACCUCAAUGUUUACACACCAGACAUUAAACCUAAUAAACCUCUCCCAGUUAUGGUCUGGAUACAUGGAGGCGCAUUCAUCUCGGGCAGUGGAAAUGAUGACUUCUACGGUCCAGAGUUCCUUUUGAGACAAGAUGUCAUUGUUGUCACUAUUAACUACAGACUUGAAGUUCUAGGAUUUCUUUGCUUAAACACCGAAGAAGUACCUGGAAAUGCUGGCAUGAAAGAUCAAGUACAAGCGCUUAGAUGGGUGAAGAAGAAUAUCUCUAAUUUUGGAGGCGAUCCAGAAAAUGUGACAAUCUUUGGCGAGAGCGCCGGUGGAGCAAGUGUUAGCUAUCAUUUAAUAUCACCGAUGUCAAAAGGCUUAUUUAAAAGGGCUAUACCUCAAAGUGGUGCGUGUCUUGGUGGCUGGUCUUACGGUCAUCGACCUUUUGAAAGAGCUUUAGCAUUAGCAAGAUCCUUAGGAUUUUACUCAGAAGAUCCCAAAGAGUUAUACGAGUUCUUUAAAAAUCAACCUAUUGAGUCACUCGUUUCUGCAACACCUACGAUUGCUCUACACGAAACAGCGAGAGUAGGUAAAGAUAUUUAUUUCAAUAUUGUGGAUGAACUAGAGUUUGGAAACAACGAGAGAUUCUUUUAUGGACAUGUGUACGACCAGGUCCUGAAAGGAAUUCAUGAGGGAGUAGAUGUUAUGACAGGGUUCACAACAGACGAAGGCCUGGUCAGUUUAGGCUUUGGAGAAGUGCUUUCGAAAAAACUAGAGAUGGUAAUGAAGUACCCUGAAUCAUUAGUAACCAGGCCGUUGUCCAAUGCUCUAUCAGCCGAUCAAUUAAUCGAUCUUGGAAAAGAAAUCAGACAGUUUUAUUUCAAAGACCUAGCUAAAAUUUCUGACGACUGGGAAUCACUAGUAAAUGUUUACUCGAUGGAUCUUUUCGUAUAUCCUACCAUACGAUUUGUAGAAAUCUUAGCGGCUCUAGAAAAGAACAAAAUUUAUCUGUAUAAAUUCUCUUGCAAAUCUGAAAGAAACGUAUUAGCUCAUGUAUUUGGAUUAACAAAAGUAAUCGGGACCAAACAAGUGACGAGUCACGCAGAUGAUGUGAUGUACCUGUUCAAUGCCAAAGCUAUGAAGACCGGUUUGGACGCAGGUUCCCCCACUUUUAAACUAAUCGAGCGGGUCACAAAACUAUGGACUAACUUUGCGAAAAAUGGAAACCCGACACCCGAUGACUCCUUGGGAGAAAGAUGGAAUCCGUACACUGCCGAAAAUGAAACUUACUUCGAAAUAGGAAACAAGUUAUCUACCGGCUCUAGACCAUAUGCUGAAGAAAUACAGUUCUGGAAAAAUAUAUUUGCAAAAUAUGUAUCUCAACUGAAAUAGUGCGAUCAAACCGUAAUCGUUGAUAACAUGACCUGUUUUAUUCACUUUUGACGCAAUUAAAUCGGGGGGAUGUACCUGGCGGAGUAAUGCGACUGUGUUAUCGCGUCACACUGGUUUUCAACUAAGAUAAUAACCCACCUGUUGACUUUGUUUGUACUCAAAAUUGUGAGAAAUAAAUAAUUCAGACAUACA